AUGCUCCUCGCGCGCCGGCUUUCCUCUCCGCCCUGCUCCUUGCGCCUCCCCUCCCUUCCGCGCCUCGCUCCGUUCCUCCUGCUCCUGCUACUCGCCGCCCCGCAUCUCCCGCCGUCUCUCGCGCAGAGCCAGUCCCCGCUGUCCGGCCAGGGGCUCGCACCUUACCCGACGCUGCUGACGCCACCGGGUCGCAAUGGGCAGGGGGACUGCCGCGCGCUGCAGAUGGGGGACGGGGGGACGUGCGCGAGCGCGGGGGGAGGGGAGCCCGCGGUGCGCGCGGCGUACACGCCGGUGUUUGUGUCGGUGGUGCUGAACAAGCUGCUUGAUGUGGACGACGAGCGGUACCAGUUCGAGGCGAUCUUACACCUGCGCAUGUCGUGGCACGACCCGCGCGCGCCGCUCGAGAUCCGCCGGCGCACCGCGGAGACCUUCCUGGCGGGGAAUCCCUCCGCGUGCGCGCGCGUGUGCGCCAAGGGGCGCUCCCUGUGCUGCGACUCGGUGUGGCUGCCGGGCGUGAUGGGCGGCAACCUGCUGUCGCUAGAGGACGAGCGCACGGAGUGGGAGGCCAUUGCGCUGCAGCCCGGCAACCACAGCAACGUGCGCUGGGGGCGCCGCCUGCGCGCCACCUUCCACGCCGCGCUGCGCUUCCACCGCUACCCCUUCGACACGCAGCAGCUGGUGGUGGAGCUGUGGGCGGAGAGCUGCUGCUACUCCUUCGUGCCUAGUGCCGCCGCCAUCCGACGGCCCCGCUCCUUGCUGCCCUCUGCCCUCGCCCCAUCGCAUGUCCACGACAGCAACUCUCCUUCAGCCACCACCCACAGCAGCAGCAGUGGCAGCACGGGGCGGGGAGGGGUGUCGAGCGGGGCGGACGGGGCGAGCAGGGCUCGCAUGCGGCGGGGGCGGGUGAGGAGGGAUGACGGCAGCGGGCCGGACGACCUGUCGGGGUGGCAGGUGGAGAGUGUGUACGUGCAGGCCCAAGCAACACACGUGGGGCGCAUGAUGCAGUGGGUGGAGGAGCCCCAUGCGGACGAAGUCUUCUGUGUGCGCUCGGAAGAGCUGGGCGGGGCCACACUGGGUGGGGGGGGCACUCCAUGCGGCACCAUGCUGUGGGAGGGUGAGGAGGGCGGGGAGGAGGAGGAGGGGGAAGAAGAGGCGGGGGAGUGUGGGAGCGGGAGGGUGGAGAGCAGCGAGUGGAGGGCGUGGCAGGAGCGGGAGCAGCAGCUGGCAGCAGCAUCGCUCAACUCAACGCUGCUGAUCGUGAUCCGCGUGCAGCGCAUCUGGCACUACUACCUCUUCCUCUUCCUCCUCCCCACCUUCCUCGCCGUGGCCCUCUCCUGGACCUCCUUCUGCAUGUCCCCGGAGCACCUCGAGCUGCGUGUGGGCACGGGCGUCACGCUCUUCCUCGCGCUCACGUCGCACCAGUUUGUGAUAUUUGACACGCUGCCGCACUCGAGCUACGUGACCAUCAUGGGGUGGUUCAUCAUCUGGUCAUACGCGCUCAUUGUCUUUGCCGUGCUGCAGUCACUGCUCGUCAACUACGUGUACUGCAUUGGGGAGACGGCAGCGCGCGAGCACAAUGAGUCGGUGGCAGCGCGGGCUACUAGACGGCUCCUCAUGGGGUCCGCAGGAGCGGUGGGGAGGGCGGUGUCGGGGAUCAGGGAUGCGAGUGCGAGUGGGAGCAGGGCUGUGAGUGCGAGUGUGAGUGCGAGUGGGAGUGGGAGUGGGAUUGGGAGUGGGAGUGGGGGUGGGAGUGGGAGUGGGAGUGGGAGUGGGAAUGUGGGGAGGAGUUACAAAGCGGUGCGGCUGUCCUCUGCAGGUCGCUGGCCCAGCCUGUCCCCGCAGGCCCUCUCCCUGCUCUGGCGCCCCUCUGCCUCUAUUGUUGCUGCUGCUGCUGAGCCGCUGCUCGCACAGGAGGGACCGGUAGGGGGUGGGGAGGGUGGGUGGCGAGGGAGGCACGGGGAAAGCAGCAAGGAUGCUGCUGGGUUGGGGGGGAGGAAGGGUGGUGAGGAAGGGAAGGAGGGAGGAAGGGAGGGGUUGAACGAGGGGAAGGGAGAGAGCGAUGGUUUGGGAGGGGUUGAGCGAGUGGCAGAGGAGAGUGUGGUGGGAGAUGCAGGUAGGAGUGAGAGCAAGCCCCCACAGCACACCGCCAGUGGUGGAGUGCGGUCAGGUGAGCGUGGGAGCAGUGACAAGCCAUGUGCACCGGUGAUCCGGCCAUGCGGGGAUCUGAGGGAGCAGGAGAGUGAGCGGGAAGCUGUGUCACAGCAGCCAACCGAGCAGGAAAACGAGUCGGAGAUGGGAGUAGAGAAGGUGAAUCGACGGGGUGUGCUUUCUGAGAGUGAGUCGUUUGCGGGGCUGUCUCACCUGUCGAAGCGCAUUCAAGAAACGGUGGCGCAGGCGGGGCAUCUCAAGGGCAUGGUGGAGCAGGACCCCAACCGCGCCAAGAUAUUCAUCUCGCGCCUCGAUGGCCUCUGCCUUGUCGCCAUGCCCCUGCUCUAUGUGGGCGGGCUGCUUUGGAUCUACAUGGUUGUGGAAUGA